GCCCUCAAUGCAUGACGGGUAAGAAGAAAGAUGGCGGYCGAAGCCUUCAGAAAGGUUAUGAUGGCUUCACGUAUAGCAUGUCAACAUCAGACUUUAUUGUCAAGAGUAUUUCCAAGUUUAACUCRCUGUAUACGGGGUGUUUCUCAGAGCAAUCUACCUGUCUACUUCAAGUACAGAGACCAAUUAAAGUAUGGUAUUUAUGCAGUGAGACCAGGGCUCGUCAAAGACAAUGCACUAGAAUCAGCACGAUUAGCAAUAAUAAGAAAAGCCAAAACUAAGCAAGUUAACAUGAUCAAGGCACAGAUCCCAGUGUCUAAGAAAGCUCUUGGCAGCCGAAUGGGAAAAGGAAAAGGAAAAGUAGACCAUUAUGUUGCUAAUGUUAAAUCUGGAAAAUUGUUGUUUGAAUAUAGUUGCGACAGUGAAACUUUAGCUCAUGAAGCUUUUCGCCAAGCAAGCAAUAGACUACCAAUUAAGAUUCAUUUGAGAAUCAAACCAAGUACUGGUAACAAAGAAAUUUGGACACACUUUUGAUAUUAAAGUAUGACUGGAGUUGUUUAACUUGAAUUGGAAAGCAAAACAUGUUUUAUCUCCUCUUAAUAUGUAAGAACCAACUACAUAGUCUUUACYACAAAGGAAAUAGAAAAGGACUUUUUGACAUUUGAUAUAGUUUUUGUGGCUUCUGCUUAGUGUUAUGAUGAAGUCACUAUGCCAUUAUGUGGUGUAAAGGUUAGUGGUGUAGAUGUUAGUCAUUGUCAAAACUAGAACAUGCCUAUAAUGUCAAUAACAAAGGUUUUUGCAGCUCUUGUUUAAAAAAAGGCACAGAUGUUGUUGAGAUUUUAGGUUUUUUGUAAUCCAAGUUUUGAUUAAUUUAACAGCUUUCAUUUUGAUAUUCAAAGUGUAAAGGAGACCAAAAUUGUUUUGUUUUUGUUUUGCUUUUUAAGCUUUGCUUUAUAGUUCUCUGUGAAGUUGAAGUUUAGGGAAGAGGAGAAAUCAUAAUUAUGAUAUUCCUUAAUUCCAGAGUCUACACUGCAAUUUUGUUUCUUAAUUUCUGAUUAAAGUUACAUUCAUGAGAUAUUUAAGCAGGAACAAUAGGAUUGUACUUCAUUUGGUUCCAYUGAUGCUCACUGUAGAGCCAUCAGCUUCAUUUGCAAGCAACUCAUUUCUUGGGAUUCCUGUGCCAAGACUAAAGAGACUAAGCUAAAGACWGUCUAAAGAUCCCAUAACUCGCCCCAUGUAAAAGAAUCCAGAGAACUAGAGGAAUCCGGAUUCUUGGAUACGGAUUCCRGAUUCCAAAUCURUUUUUUACUGGAUUCUGGAUUCUCUUACAUGGGGYRRCAUAACAGUAUCUUGUGUAUGAGACAAAAAAAAACGGACGAUUAAAAAAAAAACAAUUUCCAAGAGAACUACAAAAGCUGAAGUACCCAACAAUAACAUUMAAAAUUUAUUGCUAUAAUACUUUAUAAAUAAUAUGUGCCUCCGUGCAUAAUAUAUAUCUGAUAUCUAUAUUUUUGUUAUUUUAGUGCAGUGCUUCCAAUGCAAAUCCAGUUUGCUUGAGUCAGAUUAAAGUCAUCAGAAAGGUA